AUGUCGCUCGACACCCAGGUCGCUCUCGCAAGGCCAUCCUUGCGGGGCGAGUCCACUCACCUGUCCAGGGCCGCGCGGCAAGUCGUCCCCCCCUUUCUCCAGAAGCUCUACGAAAUCGUCAACGACGCCUCCAAUGAAGAACUCAUCAAGUGGUCCGAGAAUGGCGACUCCUUCUACGUUCUCAACCAUGAAAAGUUCGCACGUGAGGUCCUCGGACGCUGGUUCAAGCACCAAAAGUUUGCGUCCUUCGUGCGACAGCUGAACAUGUACGGUUUUCACAAAAUUCCUCAUCUGCAGCAAGGCGUCCUGAAGAGCGACUCUGACACCGAACCAUGGCACUUUGAACACCCCAAUUUUCAUCGUGGCCAACCCGACCUCCUCUGCCUCAUCCAGCGCAAGAAGCAGCCCGCCCACGGCCAGCCCGACGAUGCCGCCAUGGACAUGCACGAUGCCGCCAGCCCCGUCGCCAGCGUCACCCCGGGCCACCUCAUGGACAUCAACUCGAUCGUCAACGGCGUCGCCGCGAUCAAACGCCAUCAGCAGGCCAUAUCCGCCGACCUCAGCGCCCUGAAGCAGUCCAACGACGCGCUCUGGAAAGAAGCCGUCGCCGCUCGCCAGCGACACGCGAAGCACCAGGACACGAUCAACCGGAUCCUCAAAUUCUUGGCUGGCGUGUUCGGGCACACUGACGACGCAGGCCACUCGAGCGAUGGCUCACACUCCCCGCCCCAGGUGACGCCGCACAUGCGGCAGAGGCUGAUGAUCGGAGACGGUCGGGCUCCCUCGAAAGUGAGGCACGUGGAUAUUAUGGAGGUCGAGGAUGACGAGGCGAACGCUAUGCGUGGCACCAAUUCAUUUUCUUCGGGUGAGCACUCUACUCGUGUCUUAUCCUAG